AUGCCGCAAGAAUGUAUUCCAUGGUUGCUUCUAUGCAGAUGCGGUGAACGUCAACUGGAGAACAUCAGCAUAGCCAUCAUUCCGCUCAUACUAGAGGACUCUCCAGCGGACAGCUCAUUCGAGGAGGUAGAGGCUUCCGGGCCUCUGGACUCCGCAUGGAUGCCUAAAAGUGAGAUGAUUGUACCGCCUCCCGGACCUACAUCUCCCAAGCGUCAGUCGCCUCCUGCUUUGAUGCUCGCCGUUCUUGGACAAGAGGUUGUUCGCGUGGACAUCCCCGUAAUGGAGCCAGGGAUUUCCAUGUUCCCUGGUCUGGAAUUCACCUUCACAAAUGUACCACGUAAGUCUGAUUUCUUCUGUGUCUAUCGCAAUGGAUGA